UAUGGUGUUAUUUCUGAUUUAUAUCAUCAUUGAUGGCGUCUCUUGUGAAGAAGAAGUACCUGAUGGUGAAUUUGCAAUGAAAUAUCUAUCAGACUAUCACUACCUCUCGCCAACGAGAUCAGGCAACCAUGACGUAAAAACCGCACUAAAGAACUUCCAGAAAUUCUUUGGUCUGCCUGUGACAGGCGAAUUAGACGAAGAAACUUUAUACCAAAUGAAGAAACCACGAUGUGGGGUCCCUGAUGUUGAUGAAAAUGGCGGGCGUUUGCGUGUUAAACGAUUCAGUACAUGGGGGAAUUAAUGGCGUAGAACAGAUCUCAAGUACUACCUGUCUUUCGGCGAAGAUAUGUCAGAGGUGGAUCAGGCUAGAGUCAUGGCACAGGCAUUUCAAAUGUGGAGCGCCGCGGCACCUAAGCUAAAGUUUACCAGAACUCUUUCAGUUUCGAAUGCAGACUUCAAAAUCAGUUUUGGCAAAAGAAAGCACUCUGGUGUCGCGGGCGAAAGGAAGUGUUAUUCCGACUUUGAUGGUAAGGGCAAUGUUCUGGCCCACGCUUUUUAUCCACAAGACGGCCGACUGCAUUUUGAUGACGAUGAAUACUUCACUGAGAAUGGUUCAUGGUGGAAUGGAUCACAGAGCCUCAUUUAUGUUGCUGUGCACGAGAUUGGUCACGCCUUGGGACUAAGACAUUCUGACGUGAAGGGCACAGUGAUGUGGCCGACAGCCAGCCGAGGUACUCCUAAGCUGCAUCAGGACGACAUUGAUGGAAUAAGGUCGCUCUAUGGAUAAUCCAUGAAUAUCAAGUCACGACAGUGAAAUGUGAAUUCACUUAAUAAAAUUUUAAAAAUUU